AUGAAUUCAAGCAAUGCUGUUUUAGAAAAAACUUCUCGAUCUCAGAUGUAGAUUAAUGAUGUGAACUCUUGGUUAAGAAGAAGGUAAUUAUAUAUUUAUGUAUUUAAGGCAUUUCAAUAAAGUAAAACAACAGUAUCUCUUACAUCCUGAUUAGAUUAAAUAAGAAUAGGUUAUAAAGAAAAUAUUCAUCAAUUUUGACAGGGAUAAAUCAAGUAUGAUAUUGUUUCAAUUCAAUAGAAAAUAUUGAUAUUGGUGAAAUGUAUGAUAUGUUUUAAAAAUAUGGGUUUGGAGUGACAGAAAAAUAACUUAAAGAUUUUUUUAGAGUGGUUGAUAAGGAUAAGGAUAGUAUAAUUAAAAUGAUAAAUUAGAUGCUUUGAAUUGGGAUGAAUUUAAAAACUCUGUCAUAGAUGCUGAUGCUUCGAAAAGUAUAAAAAUCUAUCAUUUCUUCUAGUCUUCUAUAACAUCAUUAAAGAAGUCAGACAAAAUUCAAAUGUUGAAUCUUCUAGUAAUUUUGGAUAUAUUCCAUUUUAAUUUAAUGACAUGAUAAGCUAUUUAAAUUAUUUAAUAAGUAGAAAUGAAUUAUAAGAAUCCAUCAAGGUACUAAUCUGCUAAAUUCAUAGCAAAACUCAUUAACAACUUAUGAAAAGUUUCAAUAGUACCUCCAGUUGAUCUAACUGAAUUAGAACUAGAAUUAAAACUAUAACUAUCAAUAACACACUCAUCGAAUAAAUGAAGAAAUGAAGGAACAAACAUAGGACGAACUCGAAUUUACCAAAAUUAACUCCAAUAAAUUCACUUAUUCAAAAACAUCAUGUAAUUAUUAUUAUGAAACUUAAAAUAGUUUAUAAUACAAAUGACUUACCUUUAUUAUUGAAAUUGAAAUCAAAUAAAAAGUAAAAUGUUUAAAAAGACCAUAAUAUGAGGACCAGCAUUGAUUCCUAAUAGACUUAUCUUUCUAAUUAAUUUAGUUUACAAACCAACCCUAAAUCAGAUAGGUUCAUAAAUUAAAAAAUGACUAAUAAUCAUAUCCUAAUCUUGAAUACCUCAUCAUAACAUAAAAUGCCUCCAAGUGACAAAUACAACAAAUCUUAAAAUAUCGACUCCAAUGCGAAAUCGACACCCUAUUUAUAAUUAAAUAUAAAUACGAUUAAUUCAAGUUAUAGAGAACACUUUUAAACUGAACCCAAUAAUAAUAAUAAGUAGGAUUCCAAUAAUAAAAUUGAUCAUCUUCCAAUUACUUUGAUUAACGAAUUACAGAAGUUUUAAAUCUUAUCUGGAAACCACAAAAGAAGACAUACUAAUCUUAUCAAAACUUCGCAAAAUAAAUAAGGUGACGUUAAUCCAAAAAAGUUGACAUCAUUAUUAAAAACUUCAGCAGAUGUACAUCAACUAAUAAAUAUUUAGUUCAAUCCUCAUUCUCCAAGUAAUAGUAAAUUAUGUACACCUAGAUUCUUGAGAGAUGAGAAAUGUAUAACUUACAGAAAAACUACCAAUAGGCCUAUUUUCUAAACCUAUUCUUAGUAUAAUAAAUCAGAGAAACCACUAUGUGUUACUUUAAAGGGCAAAUCUUUGUAAAUAAAAUGA